AUGCGCGUGGUGGUGAUCGGCGCGGGCGUCAUCGGGCUGUCCACCGCCCUCUGCGUCCACGAGCGCUACCACUCGGUCCUGCAGCCGCUGGCCGUGGAGGUCUACGCAGACCGCUUCACCCCGCUCACCAGCACCGACGUGGCUGCCGGCCUGUGGCAGCCCUACCUCUCUGACCGCGGCAACCGACAGGAGGCGCAUUGGAACCGACAGACGUUCGACUACCUCCUGAGCCACGUCCAUUCUCCCAGUGCUGCGAGCAUGGGCCUGGCCCCGAUCUCGGGCUACAACCUCUUCCAUGAAGCUGUUCCGGACCCUUCCUGGAAGGACAUAGUUUUGGGAUUUCGGAAGCUGACCCCCAGGGAGCUGGACAUGUUCCCCGAUUACAGCUAUGGCUGGUUCAACACGAGCCUGACUCUGGAGGGGAGGAGGUACCUGCAGUGGCUGACUGAAAGGUUAACCGAGAGGGGAGUGAGAUUCUUCCAGCGGAAGGUGGAGUCUUUUGAGGAGGUGGCAAGAGGAGGCGCCGAUGUGAUUAUCAACUGCACAGGCGCGUGGGCCGGGGCGCUGCAGCCGGACCCGCUGCUGCAGCCAGGCCGCGGGCAGAUCAUUAAGGUGGAUGCUCCUUGGAUAAAGCACUUUGUCAUCACCCAUGACCUGGACAGAGGCAUCUACAAGUCCCCGUACAUCAUCCCAGGGAUCCAGGCAGUGACUCUCGGAGGCAUCUUCCAGCUGGGGAACUGGAGCGAGGUGAACAACAGUGAGGACCACAACACCAUCUGGGAGGGCUGCUGCCGACUGGAGCCCACCCUGAAGGAUGCCAAAAUCGUUGCUGAGUUGACUGGCUUCCGGCCAGUACGCCCCCAGAUUCGGCUAGAAAGAGAACAGCUUUGCUUCGGAUCUUCAAACACAGAGGUCAUCCACAACUACGGCCAUGGAGGCUACGGGCUCACCAUCCACUGGGGCUGUGCCCUGGAGGCAGCCAAGCUCUUUGGCGAAGUCUUGGAAGAAAGGAAGUUGCUCAGGGUGCCACCAUCUCACCUCUGA